AUGGCUACUAACAUCUCCUCUGACCUCAUAUGGGAAAUCACACGCGGCCACAGCGCCACGCUCGUCAAGAGGAAGCAGGCUGGCGGCCAGCAGUUCUCGCGCGAUGCCCUAAACCUGAAGAACCAGUACAGGCGCAAGUAUGAGGGCAUGGUUAGCGACAAGGCCAUUGGUGUUCAGGGAACUGAGAGUGGUGGUGUCACACUCCUGACCAAGAAGGCCAAUAAGGCAAACGCACCUUCCACCCAGAUCCAGUCGACAACCUUCGGUCCGAACAGGUCAACGCGCAAGACUUAUUCAUCAAUCGUCAACAGCACCGCCAAGCAUGGAUACCGACCAGACCUGCGCAAAGACGCCGUUGCCCGCGCCUCCGCUAUUCGCAAGAGCUCGAAGCCAGUGAAGAAGGACCAACCUACGAAGUUGAGGGGGGCUAAGGCGAGGGCUGCC